CAGUGCUCAUUAAUAAUAAUAAUAAAAAAAAACCUUUUUUCUUGGAGCCAAGAGUUGAUCCUCUCUUCUUCCUCCUAGAAAAAUAGAAGAUAAAAAGUGAAAAAAGAAGAAAACCGAAAGUUGCUGAUAGACCCAAAAUCCAAUCAACACUCAACACUCUAGCAACAAGGUGAAUCCAUUAUUUUGUGUAUCGACAAACAAUUACUUAACAAGAAAAAAUCCCGCAUCAUGAAACUUUGAAAAAUACAUGCUUUCCUGAAUUGUUGUUUAACACUACUACAUGUCCAAGUCCUUAAUUACACUAUCUUUGCUGUUGUUGAUGGUGAUGGUCAUCGUAGUAUUGUGAUAUUCUCUGACUGGUAACGUAGAAGGGAGAUAAUUUAGCCAUUUGGGUGCAAUAGGAGAAUGUCUUGGUGCGAGGAAAGAAAUUUUUGGUGUAACUGUUUGUAUUGGAGGAAAACCUCCAUUUUGUUGCCGCCUGAACCUGACACCUUCUCUUUACCUUCUCCUCUUCCCGAUUGGUCUCAAGCAGGCCGAGGAUUUGCUUCUGGAAGAAUAAACUUGGGCAAAAUUGAAGCCCUCAAAAUCUCCAGGUUUGAGUUCAUUUGGAGCAGCAAUCUCUUGCAGGACAAGAAAAAAGGAGUUUCAUUCUAUAAACCUGUGGGAGUGCCUAAUGGAUUCUACAGCCUUGGCCACUAUUGCCAAUUCAACAAUAAGCCCUUGUGGGGUUUUGUUCUUGUGGUUCGUGAGGUGGCUUGCUUCGAGCCAGAAGCUGCCAAUUCACCAACUCUUCUAAAACCCGUAGAUUAUACAUUAGUUUGGAGUUCAGAUGAUGAAAGUGAGGAGAAGUAUGGAGGAUGUGGCUUCUUCUGGCUUCCUCAGCCUCCUGAGGGUUUUAAGCCCUUGGGGUUUCUAGUCACCAACAAUCCAGACAAGCCAGAUUUGGAUGAAGUACGGUGUGUUCGAGCAGACCUGACAGAUGAAUGUGAACCCUAUCAUCUACUACUUGAAUCAUAUUCUAAAUUUUUAAAUCUACCGGUUCGAGUUUGGAGUACAAGACCCAGCCAUCGAGGAGUGCUAGGGAAAGGUAUUUCAGUUGGCACAUUUUUCUGCGGCUACUGGACCUCUGAAGAGGAGUUGCAUAUUGCAUGCUUGAAGAAUUUAAACCAACUACAUGCCAUGCCAAACCUCGAACAAAUCCAUGCACUCAUGAAGCACUAUGGGCCUACAGUUUUCUUUCAUCCCAAUGAGGUCUAUUUGCCAUCUUCUGUGCCAUGGUUCUUGAAAAAUGGAGCACUCUUGUACAAAGCUGGGGAUUCAUCUGGUGAACCCAUAGAUGCAGAGGGCACUAAUUUGCCAGGCGGUGCAACAAAUGAUGGUGCAUUUUGGAUAGACUUGCCUUCCGAUGGCAAAAGAAAUACUGUCAAACAGGGAAGCUUGGAAAGUGCAAAACUUUACGUUCAUGUGAAGCCUGCUCUUGGUGGGACUUUUACUGAUCUUGCAGUGUGGGUUUUCUAUCCCUUCAAUGGGCCAGGUACUCUUAAAGUUGGACCAUUGAAUAUUUCGCUUGGCAAGAUUGGGCAGCAUGUAGGCGAUUGGGAGCAUUUCACUCUCCGCAUAUGCAACUUUACUGGAGAGCUGUGGAGUAUAUACUUCUCUCAGCACAGUGGUGGUGAAUGGGUUGAUGCUUGUGAUUUGGAGUACAUAGAGGGGAACAAAGCUAUUGUUUAUUCAUCAAAAAACGGACAUGCUAGCUUCCCUCAUCCCGGGUGUUACAUCCAGGGUUCCACUAAACUUGGAAUAGGAAUACGGAACGAUGCAGCACGUAGUAAUUUAUACGUGGAUUCAAGCACCCGUUAUGAAAUUAUUGCAGCAGAGUAUCUUGAAGGUAGUGAUUUCAUUGAGCCUUGCUGGUUACAGUUUAUGGGAAAAUGGGGUCCAACGAUUGUCUAUGGUUCAAGAAUCGAGCUUGAUAAGAUAAUUAAUCAUUUGCCCGUGGGUUUUAGAUAUUCAGUAAAGAACAUAUUUGAGGGGUUUCCAGUGGAACUCUGUGGAGAAGAAGGUCCUACUGGGCCGAAGGAUAAGAACAACUGGGUGGGAGAUGAAAGAGGCUAGUUUCCUUCUCUCUUUUACUGCAGACUCUUAUUUCAUUGGCUUCAUUGCUUUCUGUACUCAUUACAACGGCUGUAGAAAGACUGAACUUCGAGGCUUAUCGCGUUGUAUCUACAUUUCUCAUUCUUGAUUAUAUAUAUUUAUAUAAUAAUCGAGUUCGAGCAUGGUUUCCCUUCAAGCAAAUCAGUGAUGGUGGAUCGGCAUGGGAGAGUGGAAGAAGAACAGGGCACUAGGUUGCCAUUUAUGCUGUCCAGUGAUGUUGAUGAAUGAGCUGUAAGAUUACCCCACAAAGCAAAAUAAAAGAAAAUAUAACUCGAGAAAGAUUUUGAUUCCAUAUUUGAUGACAAUCCGCCCGGUAAAGAAGACAACUGAGUCAGUUUUCGAGUCGUGAUUUCUUUCUCUCUUUCAAUCUGACUUCCAGCAGAACACAUUGAGUUCGCAGUCUGUCUUUGCUAUGCUCCAAAUUAUAACGCUGUUGAAGGCGACGUUGACCAAUCGGCGCCGCUAAAUCCCAAACAGCAAAUCGAUGUAGCGAAACCCGAACGCCAUUUGUGCAAAUCCUAAGAGAGAGAUGUUGGCGAGAAGAUUUAUUUCCUUGUUUAAGGGCUCCCAAGCUUCCGAGGUAACUAACGUUUCUCUUUUAGCAAUAACCCACCCUUUUAUUCUAAUUUACUGCUUUUAAUUUUGCAUCGGUGGUGGAGUGAAGUCAGUGAAGUCCUUGGAUGAAGGAAAGAGCACGUCAUUUGGUCGAAAGGCAGUGUCUUUUGUGUAGGUUACAGUCACGGGUGGUGUUGCUUUGAGCGGCUUGCUAUUUAUCAUGGCUGUAGCAGGUACUUUGUUAAUUAUCUUGCGAUGAUGUUACGGGGUUUUCAGGAAGUUUGAUUUUUUUAUUUUUUUUAUAGGAUUGGGAAAUUGAUGCCUUGAAGACAAUGUUGCUUUUGUUAGAUGAAGACAAUGCUGUUUGUUGGCGUAAUCCAGUGUAGUUUAGUAGUAUUUCUUUGGACUAAGACAGCAGAAUGGUGUCUUAAAAUUGGCACGAAUUGAGAGGUAAAGACGUUUCAAGCCUCUCUGUGCACGAUUUUCCUUACUUGAAAAUGAUUAUUGAAGACGACCCUUUAUCUAGCAUGCUCUUUCGCUUCAAUUUUUAAGUGGAUAAAUUGCAACAUUUA